AGUCGCGCGCCGACCGCCGUGUAGGCAACACGCCUAAAUAGAACACGCUAAUGUCCUUAUAGAACCCGCCCUGACGUUGUGCAGUGACCGAGUGGGAACGACGCUGUGAUUUGUUUUGAGUGUGACGUCACCGUGUGCAAGUUGUGAACGUUACAUAAUUGUGUGUUGAGUGCACUAUGCGGUUGUUUGCAACGUUAUGAAUGGUCUGGAUCGCUGCUUCUUCGAUCAACGUGAGUCACAACAACAUGGGGACGACUGCAGUUAUAGUUAUAUAAGCCUGGGCCGGCUUCACCCGUACGGCUCGGGCAGCGGCAGUGGAUCAAGUAACGGCAGCGGGCGACACCGCACGCGCAGCCGAGGCUUGUCCGACUCGCCGACCGCUCCGACUACACCCACUUCGGCGUCAGAUAACGCUUCGGACGCUACACUAACUGACUCUGAGCUGCCACUCGCGAGAGACAAUACGCUGCUCGUGCAAAACGGCAUGCUGAGAUCAUACGACCGGCCAGAUCACGAACGUGAGUAUCCUCAUUUUAUACAACAACUAUACCCGCCCACAAACCACUUGUGUGCCCGACUAUCCAUCGUCAGAGUGAAUGGAGGCAUGGGCAUAAAUAAAAAAAAAGUUUGCGAAAAAAUCGAAAUACGCAUAGAAAAGCCCGUUCUGACAUAAUAGCCAUCAAUUUUUUCCAUUCGACGGACACGAUAUUGAGUAAAUCCAUCACUCUUUCACGGGAAUACGCUUAUAUCCCUUACCAUAGUUACUGAUACCGAACAAGUAACCCACCUCUAGCUUUGAUGUGAGAUAGAGCCAAAAGACACAUGGCAUGCCAUAGAUAUGACAUCAGAACGAAUCCAUUAAAUUCAAACGUUUGAAAAAUAUGAACCCUUGAAGAUUUUUAAUAUAUUUUCUAUAAACAAAAUUCAUAUAGUUACUGGAUCGGUGUAGGUGUAGGACUUCCUAUAUGUAUCUUGUACUAUACGUUUGUCCACACAGAAUCUAAAUUACUUGGCACUAUUGACAAACCUUAGUGGUUUUUUUAUAGUGUCAUCUAAACAAUAAUAUUGUAUAAUAAUUUUUAAUUUAAAAAAUCACUAUACAUUGCCACAAAUAUACACUUAAAAUUAUUAGAUACACUGAAAAAUGGAAUUUUUUUGACAUACAUCGAUUUAACCGUAGAACCUUAGAGACGAUGUGGUGGAAUGCUCUAAAUGAGAUGACAUUUUUGUAUUUUUAUAUCAUUCCAAGUUUUAAAUUAAGUAUUUUUCAUAGUUCAGUGUCAGCUUGUUUAUUUUACUGCAACGUGUUGUUCUAAAGUACUAAAUACAUAAUUAUUCAAUUAAUGAGAGAAUCGAUUUUAAAUAUACUAUUGUCCUCUCCCAUAAGGCACUGUCCUUUGCAAACUGGAAACUGGGGAAAAUAUUUAUACUAUUAAUUAAAUAUUGCGAAGGCACGUAGUAGGGGUGUUGUGCGUAAAUAAUUGUGUGCCUCCUUCCGCGAGCCGCUAGUCGUCAAAUAAAUCAAGGGAAUUUGCAUCCGUGGCCAUUGCCAAAUUGGCGAAACUUUACUAGUGUUGCAAUCUCUUUGUUGGUCUGUUUUCGUGUUGAAUGAUAAUUUAAAUGUAAAUUAUUAUAAAGAGUUUCUAAUUGAUCGGGUCAACGACAUCACGUUAUGACUAUUUUCUAUAUUGUUAUUGCUACUGUUUUAUAAAUAGACGGAAUGUUAGUUGUUUCAUUAUGUAAUUCAUUAAUGUUUUGUUUAAAAUUAACUAACACGAUCGAUAAAUUUUAUAUAAACAGAACCAUACUUUAUAAAAAUGAGAAGAUUUUUAGCGGCAAAUGCGUUCUGACUUCUUAGUCAGCAGCAACUAAUCUAAUAAUGAUGGAAUGUCUCAAUGGCAUUUCAAUGAUUGAAUACUUUAAUAUUGUGUUAAAUCAGCGAGGACAUAUAGGUAUUUUCGUAAAUUGAAAUUCUAUUCAUUAGAACUUCAUUACAAAACGAUGAUAUUCAAAAGUUAUAGACAUACCGAGAAUUGAAAUCCGAUACACAACCUAACUUACUAAUUUUGGAAACGGCAGACAAACUAAGUUACAGCUCGUUUAGCCUCCAUCCAUGCAAAAUUCUUGCCGUGUUCAUUCCAUUAGAAUUAAUUUAAUUACAUUUCACUUGUUGUAGUAUCACUCACUGUAAACUUACAGUAAUAUAUAUGCAUGUUAUCAUGUCAUAAUCAUGGUACAUCGAGCCAGGUGUGGCGAAUGUUUAGGUCAACAUACAAAUGCAUAAAAGGCUCAAUUCUGUUAACUUUCACGUAAUUAAAGCGUGUCCAUGGCGUUUCAAUAACCGCUUUUUUGACUUCCUUGACACCAUAUCGCAAAAAGAAUAACUCAUUAUCGAUUCAUGAAGACAUCAUGGUACUAAUAAUAUUUGGCGUUAGGUGAAUAAUUUAAAUGGGAAAAUGCAAUUUAUUGUAACAACAUUGAAGUACCAUUAUUACGAAUACAUUAAUAUAAUCGAGGCCCUGACGCUCAACUAUUUAACCAUUGUAACGUGCAGAAGAUAUUAAAUUUUCUCCUUCUUCUCUCUCUGAUAAUGAAAUUUAUUUUAUAUCAGAUUUUUUUUUCAUACAUUCAUAACUAUUUCGUACUUUUUCGCUGCUGUUCAUCAGCAUCCGAUAACACGAUCAUUUUGGUCGUUGAAGAUUUGUCCUUUGGCCAUCCCUUUCAACGUCCUUCCACUAACACGGUAUGUAGAAUAAAAGUAUUUGAUUUAUCAUAAUAAAAUUCGUAAUGAGUUCGAUUGACUUUACCUACAAAGUAUAAAUAAAAUUUGUUAAAAGUCGUGUCUUCUAAACUGAUAAAUUGCUUUAGAACCGAUUCCGUAAUAGUUGAUAGUGAACAGACUAUUCCUGGAACAAGUUGGACGUUAAAGCGCCCACUACUAAGUUCUACUUACGUAGUUAAUAUCGCCAAUAUUAUAGAAUGAGAGCACUGAUGCAAAUUUCGUGUGAAACCAAAGCUGCUAAUUCGAAUCAGAUAUCAAUUCGUUAUUCAGGAGAUUUGAUGGAGUUAUUUAUUAUUAACGUGUGCCAUAUACACCGUUAAUGUACUGGAUCCGAUUACGAUACGAUACAGACCAGACAUUAUUUGUGAAAUUAUUUAUUUGAACCAAUUUACAGUGUACAAAAAUAUAUUUAUAGAAUUUUAAGAGUGACUUUGUCUUAUAAAACUCACGUUUCGAGUGUCAAAACCCAAAAUCUCAUUUAUAAUUACAGCUUAUUUGGACGUUAUUUUUGUCUACGCGCAUACUUAAAGAAAAUGUUAAAAAUAGGACAGCAGGAAUUCAGUUGACCCACUAAUGUCUGAAAGUCGUUUUGCUUUUGCAAGGUAAAAGGAAAUGAUGAUUCUCAGUAAGGAAAUUGCACUGUCGUAUAUAAAAAAAUACUCCGUUUUGUACUAUGCACAUCUUAAGAAUGAAUUAGUUUCAAAAAGUUGUUAAUCAAUUUAUUGACUAGCGAAAGAGAUAUCUUACUAGUAUAAUAAAAAUAAGUAAGUAACAAUUUUAAUUGAUUAUACUUAUUUAACUAUACUUAGUUUUGUUACUAGUACAACUAUGUAGAUAAUUCAUUGUCACAUUUUUUACAUGUUAAAAAUAGUGUUAAAUUGCCUUGCUAGUUAUCAAGCAAAUUCCCAUUAAGGAAGUAGAUUUAUUUUAAAUCUUAAUCCCAAUCAUAAAUUUUACCCUAAAAAGUAUUUCAAUAACAAACCAUAACGAUUCGAGCGACCAACUUUUCAUUCAUUAUCGUUAUCAAUCUCAUAAUGACUUAUCAUUGUUUCGGAUUAUGCUCACAAACUUUGCAUAAACUUUUAUAGCAGCCGCGCUCUACGACUUUAGGAGGCAUGAAAGGGCACUCUUAAAGUCAAAACCUUCAGUUCAUCCGGGCACCCCUUUCGCAGAACUCGUAAAAGUAACAUAACAAGGUCGUCUUACCAAAUGCGAUACCAAACUUAGAACAAUAACAAUAUAGAGGAGCCGUUCAGAGCCCGCUCUAAAACGGUCCAGCUGAAAUGAUGAAAAAAAGGUACUUACACUCUCGGCUCGAUGACUACCUGAAUCACUUCUCUGUUUAACGAAGGACAAUGUCGUUAAGUGCGGAAGAGAGCCGAUUU